AGACCAGUUUUCGCGAUCAAUCGUUGAUGAUAAGUAUAAAUAGUUGCCGAAAUGGCAAACACGACUUAGUUUAAUAUUAUUUUUCGAGUCAUGAAAUUUCUGAUUGUGUGUGGCAUAUUCCUUGGUGUCUUUGGAGUGCAAGGCGCUCCAUUGAACAAUGACCAGCGUCAGAAGCUGAGAUCCUACUGCAAAGAAUGUAUUGAAAAAACAGGCGUAAACGAUGACCUUGUCGACAAGACAAGGAAAGGCUUCUUUUCCGACGAUUCCCUGCUCAAAGAGUUCUUCUUCUGUUUCGCUCAGAAAGUCGGUUUUCAAAACGAAGACGGUAGCGUGAACCGCGACGUCAUCUCGCAGAAACUGAACAAGGUCAUGGACGAUCCCGAUAUGGUCUCGCAGCUGGUUGAACAAUGUGUCAAAGAAUACGACAGCCCUCAACAAAAUGCCAUUAACAUUGCUCAGUGUUUGUACAACAAUUCACCGUCUCACGUACAAAUUUUUAAGGUAUCGCCAGAUGCCGUAUUCGUAGGGAACAAAAAAUCCGACAAACUGACCAACUACCACAAGGCGUGCGUGGAAGAGACGUCGGCCAACGAGGCUGCUGUGAACCAAGCUUGGAAAGACGGCGAAUUCCUUCGCGACCCUAACCUCAAAAAAUACCUGCUAUGUUUCGCAAUGAAAACCGGAUUCCAAAACGAAUUGGGCGAUAUCAAUGCAGAGUUAUUUAGGCACGACUUGCUCGAGAUCAUCAACGAUCCCGCGUUGGUGGACAGAAUCGUGCAGAAGUGCGUGCAGAAAAGAGAUACACCAGAAGAGACCGCUUAUCACGCAUUCAAGUGCACUUACGACAAUUCCCCCGUGCACGUGACACUUUAUACAGAACACGUGGAAAUGCCUGAAGAUGUGUCGACCGAAUUGACGAAAGUCUUCAGGCAGUGCAUCAAACAGUCGGGCGUGGAUAGGGACGUGUUGGUCAUGUCGCAAAAGGGUGAAUUUGCCGAUGACAAACGGUUGAAGGAGUACUAUUUCUGCGUUGCCAAAUUGUGGGGCGUGAUGAACGAGGCCGGCGAUAUCUUGCCUGACGUGUUAACGAAGAAGACCCAGGAAAUCUAUCGAGAUGAAGCGUUGACGAAAAAACUGGCCGGGCUAUGUGGCGUGCGAAAGGACCAACCGUUGGAAACAGCUUUCCAGAUGGCGCAGUGUUACUACAAAAACGCCCCUGGUGACUUGAAAAUUAUGCAGAGUGGCGUGCUGAGUGACGAACAAAAAGCGACCAUCCGGGCCAACAUAAGAGAGUGUUCGGAGGAAACGAACGCCAUAAAGGACGUGGUGCAACAGGCGAGACAAGGAAACUUCGCGGACAAUCAGUCGUUAAAAGAAUACCUGUUGUGCAUCGCGAAGAAAAACCAAGCUCAAGACGCAAACGGCAAGCUUAACGUGGCCACUAUAAGAGAAAAACUAGGCACAGUGCUCGGUGCCAAAGAUGCCGACGAAAUAGCGGAGAAAUGUGCCAAAGAACGAGCCACUCCGUCUGAUACGGCCUUCGAGGCGUUCAAGUGUUUCUACGAUAACGCGCCAGAAGUAGCGCCUGUGUUUUAGUAUUCAGCUGUUUGUGAUUUCCAAGUGAUAUAGGAUUAUAAUUUAUACGUUUUGUAAGGAAUAUAUUAAUAAAUAUUUAA